CUCCCACUAAUGAAUAUGGCUCCAAACAUGCUGCUGCUGCUGCUCCUGCUGCUGUCAUCUACAGAUGAUGGCCAGACUCAGCAGGUAUCAGGUGUGAAGAAGUCUGGCAUUUGUGUGUGCGAGGUCAACUCCACCAUGUGGUCAUUCCCUGCUGUGAAGUUUGAGGCUGUGCUGCAGCAGGUUCAGACCUGUGAGGGAUCAUUGUACAACCUGCAGGAACAGGUGAUAAUAUCCAGCCAGCGUCUGCCUCAGAUCCAUCUUCAGGUUAUGAAUGUGACAGCCCGGCUGCAGCCUUACCAGUACCUGCAUGAUCAGGGCCUGUACACGGCACUGUCCCUGCGUCACCUGGGCCAGGAGCUCAGCCAGCUGGAAGCAGAUGUUUCAACCAUCCACAGGCAGCUAAACAACGCCCAGACGCGGAAACUCUCUAAAGAGAUGGAUAAACUACAUAAAGAUGUAACUAAGAUGCAAAAAUCUGACACAGUCAACAUGAAGAGUGUCAAAGAGAAACUGCGCUACCUGAAGAACAACGUUGAGUCCUGCAAGUCAAUCCCUAAAGACUUCAGAGGCCAGACUCGGUACUGCUUCAAGGGCCUGAUCACCAACAUCAGUGAUCCCAUAACAACUAAUGUCAGCCCUCAGGGAAAGAGCUACAUCUCUGGGUCAUGGGGCAAACAAGCGCAGAUUGACAGCGAGGAGGAGAAGAACAGCUACUGGGUUCAGCCUCUGCUCAGCAGUCACAUCUAUGGAAACACCUUGCGUGUUUACAAGAACUAUGAAGACUUCAUGGCCUCUACUAACCAUAAAGAGCAUACUGUGGCAUCAUCCUACAGUGAUUCCAAAACAAUUGAAGGUCCUAGUGCUGUCCUGUAUGGUGAAGCUCUGUAUUACCACUGUUACCGCUCUGCAGAUGUCUGUCGCUACGACCUGAAAACCAAUGGCGUCAAACGGGUGACGCUUCCAGGCACAGGUGUGGGAUUCAACAACAAGUUCCCCUACUGUUACUAUGACUGCCGCCUUAAUAGUGAUGUUGACCUGGAGGCAGAUGAAACAGGGUUGUGGGCGCUUUAUGCUACCAUCGGUAACCACGGUAAUCUUGUGGUCAGCAGGCUGCUUUGGGACAAUGAAGCUCAGACUCUGAAUGUGACGCAAACGUGGGAGACGAGGCUUUUCAAGAAGGCGGUGAGCAAUGCGUUCAUGGUGUGUGGUGUGAUGUAUGCCACCCGAUACGUGGACGAAUACCACGAGGAAGUCUUCUAUGCUUUUGACACAGCUACGGGGAAAGUGGACAACUCACUUGCACUGCGGCUGGAGAAGGUAGCCAAAGGAGUGGCCAGUCUGAGCUACAACCCCACCGACAAGCAGCUCUACAUGUACAAUGAUGGAUACCUGCUGGCUUAUCAGGCCUAUUUCUGAUUAAAAGCUUUAAUAAAUGGCUAUUUAUUGUCAACUAUGUUUGCAUAGCACACAAACAGGUUAAAGUCAUUUCUAACAGAAGCUUUAUAAUUUGGCCAGUGCAUCUAAUAAAACCCUUUCUAUUUAAAAGCUUUUUUUUUCCUGCCUAGUGGACAGAGUUAGUAUUGCAGCUUUUUAAAAAUUGUUUCGCUCAGGACUUUCAAGUCAGGAUUGCAUGCACAUGCUACAGGUCGAUGAUAUAUCUAUUGAUAAAUGUCUCAUUAAGCUUGAAUGUAUUAUAGCUGAAAAUUUUGUGAGAACCACAAUAAAGACUGCAUUAACAGUU